AUGAAGAAAAAAUCGACAAGCUUGCGUGUUCGGCUUCCUGCUCUAAUUUGUACUCUGGAGGUGUUGAUUGUGGUCCUUUACGCUCUCUUUGUUACUUAUGAUGAUCAUGCUAAUGCUGUUCAACAGAACAAUGAGACAAAGCCAUUAGAGAACUCAUUAUAUCAGAACUAUCCAUUUUUUGCAGAUAUUCAGGUGAUGAUAUUUGUUGGAUUUGGCUGCCUUCUGGCCUUUUUCCGGCGGUAUGGGUUUGGUGGCAUGGCAUUUAAUUUCCUCACUGCCACGUUCACCAUUCAAUGGGCCAUUCUGGUCCAGGGCUUCUUUCAGUUUUAUUAUGAUGGGAAGAUUCACCUCGGAGUGCUGAAUCUGAUCAAUGCUGAGUUUGCCUGUGCCGUUGUACUAAUCUCUUUUGGAGCAGUUUUGGGGAAGACCAGCCCUGUUCAGCUCCUGGUCAUGGCCUUUCUUGAGAUCCCUGUGUUUGUCAUCACAGAAUGGGUUGUAUUGAAAUACUUGAGGAUCAAUGAUGCUGGUGGCUCUAUCCUCAUCCACCUGUUUGCCUGCUACUUUGGACUGGGUGUCACCUUCGUCCUGUACAGACCUAGCCUAAAUGAGGGAAAUCCAAAAGAGGCAACAAGUUACCAGUCAGAUAUGUUAUCUGUGUUAGGAACACUGUUCCUCUGGGUGUUCUGGCCCUCUUUCAACUCAGCACUGACCUUUAAGGGUGAUGACCAGCACCGAGCUGUUCUUCACACGUUCAUUGGUCUCAGUGCCUCCACAAUCACUGCCUUUGCUCUGUCCACCAUGCUCAGCAAAAAUGGUAAGAUCAGCAUGGCCGAUGUGCAGAAUGUAACAUUGGCCGGUGGAGUAACUGUUGGUGCCACAGUGGACAUGAUGAUUUCCCCAGCUGCUGCUUACAUACUGGGGAUCCUGGGAUGCAUAGCCUGCAUGCUGGGGUACAAAUAUCUGAGCCCCUUUCUGGCACAGCGGUUGAGGCUGCAGGAUCAGUGUGGCAUACACAACCUGCAUGGCUUGACGGGACUCAUUUCCAGCCUAGCUGGAAUCUGUGCCAUCCUCCUCGCAAGUGAGGAAACCUACGGCCCCAGUCUCUACCAGACUUUCUCCCAUCGGGCACCCCCGGAGGGAGACCCACAGCUCCUGGAGCUGCAGAAAUUGAUUCCAGAUUUGGAGGCAGGUUUGGGGCGGAGUGCACGGGAACAGGCUCUGUUUCAGGUGGCGGCAGUGUUCGGGACCAUUGCUGCGGCAGCAGUGGGGGGUUUGCUGACAGGUGUUGUCCUCAAACUACCGUACCUUGCUUCCCCAGCUGAUGAGAACUGCUUUGAUGAUGAGCUCUUCUUCAAUGUUCCUCCAGAUUACACUUGUGUACUCAAUACACCCGAUCUGGGGUCCUAUGUCAUCAAAGACACAAACAAAACUGAUGCUAACUAA